ACAAAGAAGAAAAAUUUGAGGAGCACAAAUAGAAAACCAAGAAAGAAGAAUGGAAACGAAAACCAGAAAGAAGAGAGAGCGAGAGAGAGAGAAGGCGAAGAAACAGAGAGAGAGAGAGAGAGAGAGAGAGGAAAGGAGGAAAGAGAGAGAGGGCGAUAGAGAUGGAUUGAGGUAUCGCGUAAUGGAGUCAAAGAUCAAGAAGGCAUAGAAACGGUCGCGGUCAAGGACUCGGUGCUACUAAGGGAGGGCUUCCUCUUCUCUACCCACCUUUUGAGCUUCUGAGAAGCCAAGGUUCGGAGACGUCGAUAGGUGAGACGAAAGGGAUAGAGAAACGGGGAAGAAAAGACAGAGACAGGAGGAAGUCUUUGCGCGUUGAUCGAUCUUUCCUCUCUCUGUUCGUCUUUUCUCGGGGAAUCGGAUCAGAAAGAAGGUCAAGAUCGAGGUUGCAGAACCAACUUACCUGUUUCGUUCGUUCAUGCUGUUGGAGUGGAAGGAAACCUCCCACGUGGCCUUCAACUAUUCUUGAGGAAUCUGAGCAAGAAGCAGCUUCAUGCUCAAAUCAGCGGCUUCUUACGGUGAUAAGAGAAACAACUUGAGCAUUGAGGGAAUAACUUUGGGGACAUCACAACUGGUACCAACGGAUCCGUCUUCAGGAAACCCGAGUUUCGCCAGUGUGGUUGGUCUGGAUUGCAUACUGAAUAUCAUCAGGGCCCUCAGAAUGGGGUCCUGCUUGUCGACAGAUGGGGGUGGUUCUUAUCCUCCAUACACUCCUAGGAAUAAGAAGGUGAAGAAAAAGAAUGGGAUGCGAGGCCCAUCUUUUGAUUCUAAGAGGGAGGAGCAGCUGCUUAAGAUACCAGGGCGGAUGUUUCUGAAUGAAGCAAGCAAAGUUGCUUCUUUGUUCACCCAGCAAGGGAGAAAGGGCUUGAAUCAGGACGCUAUGAUCGUUUGGGAGAAUUUUGGUUCCAGAACAGAUACUGUUUUUUGUGGAGUUUUUGAUGGCCAUGGUCCUUUCGGUCAUCUUGUUGCCAAGAGAGUGAGGGAUUCUCUUCCAUUUAAGCUCAGUGCACACUGGCAGGUUAACAUUGGCAAUGAUGAUAGUCUAUGUGAUGGCAUUAGUAGAGCAGGUAGCGUGACAUCAGAUGAGACAUCUUCUCUGUGCAUGGAUGAGGAACCAAGGUCAUCUACUGAUCUUAGUGAGAUGGAGAAGCUUCCAGACAUCUUUAUGACACUCAAAGAGUCAUUUCUUAAGGCCUUCAAGGUGAUGGAUAAGGAGCUUAAACUGCACUCAGACAUUGAUUGUUUCUGUAGUGGAACAACAGCAGUCACGUUGGUCAAGCAGGGCCAAGAUCUUGUAAUUGGCAAUGUUGGUGAUUCUAGGGCAGUAUUGGGCACAAGGAAUGAAGAUGACAGUCUAACUGCUGUGCAGUUGACAGUGGACCUCAAGCCCAACCUUCCAAGAGAAGAAGAGAGGAUCCGGAGAUGUAAAGGACGGGUCUUUGCUCUGCAUGAUGAGCCAGAAGUGGCUCGUGUGUGGCUUCCUUAUAGCGAUUCCCCUGGUUUGGCAAUGGCAAGAGCAUUUGGUGAUUUUUGUCUAAAGGAUUUUGGGUUGAUCUCUGUUCCUGAAGUAUUCUACCGUCGUCUCACUGAAAGAGACGAAUUUGUUGUGUUAGCUACCGAUGGGAUAUGGGACGUUCUCUCCAAUAAGGAGGUAGUGGACAUUGUGGCUUCAGCUCCUGCCCGCUCUUCAGCUGCAAGAUCUCUGGUUGAGUCUGCAGUCAGAGCAUGGAGGCUCAAAUACCCCACAUCUAAAGUUGAUGACUGUGCUGUUGUCUGUCUCUUCCUGAAGUCGAAUUCCAAAGUUCAAGAGGACACAAAACCAAGAGAACCAGCUUCAGAGCCAGUAGAAGUGGCUUCAAAAUAUGCCAGGAUUGAGGGAGGGGAACUGCCAUCAAGUCCAGUCUUUGAACGAUCUUCCACUGUUCGUGCCAGCAAUGAGGUUACCCUAGAAUCUGGAGUUCCAGGUUCUCCAGCACACCAGAUUAAGGGAGUUAAAGGCUCGCCAUCACACAGAAGCCAAGAUAAGCUGGCAAGAAGCAUGUCAAGGAAAGACAGCAAGCAUGGUGAGGGGGUCUCAGUGGAGACAGAUGAGUGGCUGGCAUUGGAGGGUGUCAGCAGAGUGAAUACCCUGCUGACACUUCCGAGAUUUGUGCCUGGAGAAAAGAAGAGGCCAGCUGAUCACGAAUCUCGGAAGUGAGUUGAAUAUGGCAAGAUUUAGCAGGAGAAAUUUUAAUUUGUAUCUUACAUUCUAUUACAAUUCUUUUUUUUUUUUCCAUUUUUGUUCUUCAUAGAAAUAUAUAUAUACAUAGAUGUGUGUCCUGCCCGCAGGCUUGUAGUUCUAUUCAGGUAUGGCCCUCCUUGCACUGUUUUAUUUCUAGUGAGAAGGGCUGCAGUUGGAGUAUACAUGAAAAAAUGAACAGAUCUUAAAGUGUCCUAGAUUGUACAAGUUCGUCUUUGAUUGUUAAUAAAUUCAGGUCAAUAUUGAAGGAAAACUUAUUUAGCACCA